AUGCCGGGCAGCAGCAGCGUGACCGCCUUCGACGACCUGCCUGAGUGGCUCGUCGUUGACGAGAUCCUUGUCUGCUUGCCGCCCAAGGAUGUGCUCCGCUGCCGUGCCGUUCGCAAGUCGUGGCGCAGCGGCACAUCCACCGAUGUGUUCAUCCUCGGACACCACCGUCGCCAGCCCUCGCUUCCCAUCAUCCAACACAAAUUGGGCAUCUGCCGCGUCGUCGGAGGCUGCAAUGAUCUAAAGAUACGACCUGUCAUCCGGUAUGAAGGCUCCUUGACAAAAUUCCAACUCCAAGCCGCCUGUGAUGGCCUCCUCAUCGUGUCGCAGCAAGCCAAUUUCUUCAUCUGCAAUCCAGCCACCCUCAAGUGUGCUUCACUGCCACGUCCUCCACUACGGCCACGCUUCAGUUUCAUCCACGUAGUCGGCUUCUACCGGCACCACACAUCUGGAGAACACCGGAUACUCUGGGUGUCAUACACGAAACCCAUUAGGAUUUACGAGACAUUUCAGUUGCCUGAUUACUUUAUCCACGCGGUGGGAUCGAGCCAGCCAAGAUGCAUCCAAUGGCCGACAGUUUCAGAACAAAAGUAUUUUCCUGCUACCCGGUCUGCCGAUUGUCCGCCAGUCCACCAUCGUGGUAGCCUGCACUGGCUAAUGGGCCUCAACAUAACAGUAUUUGACACCGUAGCCGAGACAUUCCGGCAGAUGCGCCGCCCAACACAGUUGGGCGAUAUGGUGUCAUUGUUGGAUAUGGGCGAGGCCCUUGCUUUGUGCCACGUCGCCCCUGACUGCGCCACAUUAGAUGUUUGGGUGUUGCAGGACUAUGAUGCCGGGACCUGGGGCUUUCACUACCGGAUUGACCUGUUAGGGAUGGAGGCAUCACCACCGAUUAAUUGGAUGUUCCAAUCUAUCCCUAGGAUGGCUCUGAUCAAUGAGCGUGAGCUGUUGAUCCAGAGGCAUAUUCACCAUCUGUUGCAUUGUGACAUUGAUGGUGUGUUUUUAGGUAAUGUGGAAAGCGAAGAGCGUUUAUCCUGCUGGACACUUACUCGGCAUUGCCUCCAAGAGAGCAUGAUUUCACUUCCAUUGUUUGAGAUGCAGGAAGAAGAAGCUGUGAACCAGGAGCCCCCAUUCUCCAUUGUGUUAUAA